AAAAGCGCGUGAGGAAAACCGCUAGGUUCAGAUUGAGUUGCUAACCUGCACAGAAAAUACGAGAGACGAAAGCAUUUGUUCCAGUGAACAACAACAACGCACGGCUACGGUGAUCCUGUGAUCUUAAGUAAAGCUUGAUUGUAUCUAGGCAUCUUGAACUAUCAUUGUCAAGAUACUGCAAUAGCUUUACCCAGACUCAUUGCCAUUGGAUAUGAAGACGAUCUGUGGAGUGGCCUGUCGUCCGAUUUGGAGUGGAUGAACCAACAAAUGCGCCGAAUGAACAACCAGUACAGCAGUUUGGUUCCAAAUCAGCAGCCAAUGGACAUCGGCUGGAAUGAGGCGUUCAGAAUGGACAACCCCAUUGUCACUGACAAAGACGGCAACAAGAAAUUCCACCUCGAGUUCGACCUGCGUCAGUUCAAACCUGAAGAAAUCAACCUGUCCACUGCCAACAACGUGCUGACCGUUGAGGCGAAGCACGAAGAAAAAAGCGACGGUAGAUUGUCGUAUCGGGAAUACCGACGUCAGUACACCAUCCCAGAAGGCGUCAACGUGGAAACGCUCAAGUCCAAGCUGGCCCAAAAUGGCUUCCUAUCCAUAGAAGCUCCUGUACAGAAGAAACAAGACAUGGCAAUUCCCAUCAGACACAUUUCAGUGCUAAAGCCAUUUGAAAAGAAAUCAAAUAACGUCAUCCAGUCCAGCACUUGUAAUGUGUGCGGUGAUAUUAUCAGACAGUUUGAUUGGAUUUAUACGUUAGCAAACUCAGCUGUACGAUACAUCAUGUCUCUUUCAUUAUUUGUGCCGUCUGGUUAUGAGGAUGAUCUGUGGAGGAGUUGGGCCUCCGAUCUACAGCGAAUGAACCAACAAAUGCGGGGUCUGAAUGACAGAUAUGGCUGUUUGGUGCCACCUCAACCACACGACGUUGCGUGGAACGAGGCGUUCAGAAUGGACAACCCCAUUGUCACCGACAAAGACGGCAACAAGAAAUUCCACCUCGAAUUCGACCUGCGUCAGUUUAAACCUGAAGAAAUCAACCUGACAACUGCCAACAACGUGCUGACCGUUGAGGCGAAGCAUGAAGAAAAAAGCGAAGGGCGAACGUCAUAUCGGGAAUACCGACGUCAGUACACCAUCCCAGAAGGCGUCAACGUGGAAUCGCUCAAGUCCAAGCUGGGCCAGAAUGGCGUCCUAUCCAUAGAAGCUCCUGUACAGAAGAAAGAAGACGUGGCCAUUCCUAUCAAGCACAAUAAAUGAGCGGAGUAGAUUCAGGAAUUUAUGUCAUUCUAAUGAUUACUGGAACAGUUGAUGACCAUGCGCUGUCCUCAUUACUGAAAAGAUGAUCGUUAUAUACGCUUGGCUAAGAUCAGAGAGGACUUGGGUUCAAAGCCGGUAAAAGACAAACUUUUCUAUAUACUGUAGUUAUAUUAGUCUUUGUAUUGACAAUGCAUUCUGUCAACCGGCUGGAGAAAGUGCUGAUACCGAUAUCACGUUGAGCGUGUGGAAUGUAAAUUUCACGUUUAAAAUCCGCUUUCAAUAUGAAAUUAAAUGUGAUCCUGGGAUAUUUCUAAAUCUCUCGUAUGUGCAUGAACUUGAAAUUAAAUGCGAUUUAUUUUGCACAAAACUGUCAAUUUUCUCUCGAAAUUUAAUACAUGCAAUCGCAAACCUCUACAAUGAACGUACAUGGAACUACUUGUGUAUAACCAGAAAUCGCCAUGUGCUCUUUCUUUAAUGUCGAAAUAUGUCAAGCACAAACUCCGAUCAGUAUUUUGUCUUUUCCGUUUUACGUUUACGAUCCAGCAUCGUUUUGUAUUGUAGAAGCUGUGAUGUCUUCGCGGCUGGACCAUGCAGGUUGUAUUCUUAUUUUGUAUUGUUUAUAGACACUUUUAUAGUGCAUGGUUUACUAAUGGUACCUGAUCAGCUGUUCUAAAUAUGAUUUAUGCAGCUUAUGUAAUAUAUAUAAAUUAUGUUUUGUCUGUCCCACAAAAUAAAAUAUUUGGACGUUGAAGUGAAA